CAGUAAGUAAGAAACGACUCUUCACACUAAAAAUGACUCCUUUUACAGGAUGAAGGUGGAGUGUUAUGGCUGUAAUUGAGCCUCGUGGUGUCAGUCACAGAGGACAUGGUCCGCAGACGGGCCGAGCACAACGAGUGCCAGAUCUCCUCACUGGAGGAAGUGUCCCUGCACCAGCAGGACAUCGAGAGGAUCGAACACAUCGGCCGGUGGUGUCAGGACCUGAGGAUCCUCUACCUGCAAAACAACCUCAUCCCCCGCAUAGAGAAUCUGGGGCGCCUGAAGAAGCUGCAGUAUUUAAAUCUGGCUCUGAACAACAUUGAAGUCAUUGAAAACCUUGAAGGCUGUGAGAGUCUUCAGAAGUUGGACCUGACGGUGAACUUUGUGGGUCGCCUGAGCAGCGUGGAGUCUCUGCAGUCCAACAUCCACCUCAGGGAGCUGUUCCUGGUGGGGAACCCCUGCACCGAGUUCAAGGGCUACAGGCAGUACGUGGUGUCGUCUCUGCCUCAGCUCAAGUUCCUGGACGGGACAGAGGUCAGCCGGUCGGAGCGGAUUCGAGCCUCUCAGGGUCUGGACGAGGUGAGGAGGAGCGUCUGGGAGCAGGAGAGGGAAUACCUGGAGAGGAGAGCCAGAGAGAAAGAGGAGGCGCAGAGGAAGGCAGCAGGAGAGGAGAGAGGAAACAAGGAGAGGAAACCAGGCAGUGAUGGCCGCUGGUACACCGACAUCAACAACGCAGUUCCAGGGUCGGAGGAGAAUAAGGAGAACGUGAUGAACCCUGACCCGGAUGAAGAGCAGCAGGAGAGAGAGUUCUGGCACACGCCGUGUUCGUUCACCCCCGAGUCUCGCCUGGAGGCUCACCGCCACCUGGAGGAGAAGAAGACAGCAAAGGAGAAGGAGAAUGAGAAGAAGCCGAAGGCCCCGAGGACGCUGAUCACAGCUGACGGACGAGUCAUGAACGUCAACGAGCCGAAGCUGGACUUCUCUCUGACUGAAGGUGAAGAAAACAACACCGUUGUCUUAGACCUGGCAGUCUACAGACACAUGGACACCUCCCUGAUCGACGUGGAUGUUCAGCCCUCAUACGUCAGAGUCCUCGUCAAAGGAAAGGUACGCUGUGGAGGUUUAAAAAGAACAGUCACUAACCUUUUAGGUUGAGACAAAACUAGUUUU